AUGGAUUCAGGCGACUCCGAGCCCGAUGCUUUCUCAACUGAGAGCCUCUGGCGGCUUUCACGGUUCAGCAUAGAGGUUUUACAACCCCUGGAGUCACUUCCAUGGAACGCGGACUUGCCAGCGAUUCCAAAGGCUUGCUUUCAAGGGGUCCCCGAGCCAAACGAGCAGGUUGACCCGAUAUGGAAGCUCAAUCUUUUCCCGAAUGACCUCGAGCACCGAGAGCUCGUGGAUUCGAUUAUCGACCCCUCAAUCGACAACCUGUCGGAUACCCCAAGUGAUCUACUACCUAAUACAAUUAAGGAGGAUAAUAUUUGGUCGUUGAGUCUUCUCCAGGAGGAACCUGGAUAUUUUGCUCCGCUGAAAUCCUGGGAGAAAUACCAGGACCGCGCAUUUAAAGAACCAGUUUCGGCAUAUUUCAGCGAGUCAGGUGCUAAGGGUUUCGAUGCGGUCCUUUCACGUCAAGGAAUCCAGAAGGGGCAGGUUACACCAAACCGUAUGGCUCGAGAGGAUGUCUUUAUCCGUUCAUUGCUCCGCCUGGGAUUAGGAUGGAGUUCUUGGUUCUUCAGUUACAACCAAAAGACAAAGCUAUUCGAAAAGUCAGUGGCAAACAUGCGUGUUUCAGGAUUGUCAUCCCUGGCUUUGGAUGGUGUUAUAUCAGAGGUACUGCAUUGCGGGACACUUAUGCAGUGGGUGCGAGCCUUUGCCAAAAAUUCCUCGACCAAGUCUAAGGAUUUGUCCGCUUUGUUCACCUUGCGCGGUACAAUCGCGGUCAUUGUCUACAAUCUUGAAAAGCAAAUUCUGUCUCAGUGCAGAAAUAUCGUCUCGGCUUUACAAGUUUCCACGCUUUUUCGUCGAUGCCGAGACCUACUGGGAGUUUUGGCCGAAAUUGUUCAUAAUGCAGAGAAGGCAACGUCAGAAGCGGAGGUCAUCUCAAAUGUUAUGGAACAAGCGGCACAAUUUUCGCACACGUAUGGUUGGAUGGAGAAUUUACUACACGAGAUGGUGGUUCAGAUCACCCUCCCCUGGUUCGGUUUCAUCGAAGGUUGGAUUGGCCUUCGGCCAGCUGAAGCGGCCCUGGAUGAACUGAUUGCCAGCGGAAGAUCAUUCGUUCAACUCGAGCGCCAUAAUGACCCCAACAAGUUCCGGGACCAACCGACGCAUGUCGAAUACACUUAUAGGCAGAACAACAUGCCUUCAUUCGUACCCUUCGAUCAAGCAGAGUCAAUUUUCGAAAGUGGAAGAAGUCUGCGACUCCUCAAGAAAUCACAUCCAUACCACCCGCUCGCCAGACACGAUGUUCUUGACCGAGCUGGUAGGCUGCGAUUGCAUUGUGCGACUACCUGGGCAGACAUCGAGCGCAUCCAGAGAAACGCCGAUGAAUAUGAAACAAGGCUUCGGGCCGAAAUUUUGAAAUAUCACCGUGGCGAAUCACUGAUUCAGCCGAUGGAUAAUGGUGCCAGCCCUGAAGACACCGACGUUCUCGGCGAAAAAAUAACCAAAGAGACAUUUGAGAUGUUUGAUAUUGACGAUGAAAAACACAUCUCUGGAUCUGCCAUGGAUCGAGCUGCGCUUGCGAAUGAGAAUGUCGACCGGAUGCUUCAAAAUGCUAGAGACUUCGACUCCGACCCAUUCAAUCCUGGCAGUCAAUUUGGACCAGAACUGGCAUCCGCACUUUAUUUGUCACUAGCCCCGGUGAUCUCUUCCCAGGCUCAGCUGAUCGAUUUUUCAUGCCUCCAUCACCUCUUCAAAGAACACAGGCUCCGCCACCAUCUGGAUCUCCAAUGGCGCUUCCAGUUGCUAGGUGACGGCUCAUUUACCACACGCCUUACAAACUCUCUUUUCGACCCGGAAAUGGAGAGCGGAGAGCGUAAAGCAGGCGUAGUACGGAGUGGAGUGCAUACCGGAUUGCGACUCGGCAGUCGUGACACCUGGCCGCCAGCUAGCUCGGAAUUGCGGCUUGUUCUAAUGGGCCUCUUGGGCGACUGUUACUUCGGCGACGUUAAGCCAGAUAGUGAUACCGCAAAGCAAAGCGAAAACGAACUCCCUGGUGGACUCAGCUUUGGAAUUCGAGAAUUGUCUCCUGAGGAAAUCAAGCGAUGCCAGAACCCGAAUGCGAUCGAGGCAUUGGACUUCCUCCGCCUUCAGUACAAACCACCCGAGGCCCUGGAAGUCCUCAUAACGCCGCAGUCUCUGAAGAAAUACGAUCGACUCUUCAAUCAAUUACUUCGCCUUCUCCGGAUCCUAUCGGUUGUCAAGGGUCUCAUUCGCGACUCAACCAGCCGGAAUUCUAUUGCGGGAGACAUACGGAAUGUAUUUCAGAGAUUCCGAGUUGACGCCCAGUUUUUUGUUCUCGCAAUAUGCGACUACUGCUUCCAUAUCGGCAUUGGCUCCAUUUGGAUUCGUUUCCAAGAGACACUUUCCAAAAUCGAGCGUUGUCUUGAUCGUGGAGAUGCUGACGGCACGAUUGAAGCUGCUCAUUCCGUCACCCGCCUCCGUUAUUUCCACGAGGACAUCCUGGAUCAAAUGCUGUUCGCUCUAUUCUUGAGCAAGCGUCAUGCGCCGGCUGCAAAGCUGCUUGACAGCAUUUUUAGCACCAUUCUUGCAUUCGGUCCACUCUCAAAAGCCGAUGGAACGAACGGAGUCCGUCAUGAAAACGAAGCCGCUGUACACGACCUGUACAGGGUCUUCAGGAAACACACGUCGGCCUUCGUUGGUUAUCUGCGAAGUUUGGAUACCGGGAAAGCCUCCUCGAAGUCGAUGGCAAAAUCUGGAGCAUCGUUCUCUUUACAAAAUGAGCCAACUAGUGUUUUUGAGCACCUCCGAGUGAAAUUGGAGAUGAGGGACUAUUACUGA